AUGAACAAACCGCCACAGCCUAUAACGGGACCUACUACUGUCCCUAACCCUGCCCCUUCCCCAGGACUGACACAGGCUGCCUACGGAUCUGGACAGCCCACAUCUCUCGUUUUUGCCACCCCUCCACCUCCACAAAUGAAUUCAGCGCCUCCACCAAGACAGGGUUACUAUCAAAACCGGCCAGCUAUGCCCACCACUGCUCCCAGGAUACAGCCGACCAGUGGCCCACGGCCUGUCGCGCCUCAUGUCUAUCCCCCUGGCUCCCAGAUGAUGAUGAUCCCCCAACAGCAGAUCCCUUUUGCUGGAUCCCCCCAGGGCUACUUCAUCCCCCAAGGGCAGUAUCGGACCCCAUACAUGACCACCCAGCAGUAUCCUGUUACUAGUGGAACAGCUAGUUUCUAUCCAGGGACAAGCCCAGCUGAAUACCCUGGGUUUGCAGGAGCAUUUUAUUCCCCACAGCCGCAGUAUGCUCCAUCUGUACAGGCGCCACCAAUCAUGGUUAACCCAGCGCAGCAACAGCAGCCUGCUCCACCUCCUCAACAAGCUCCGCCCCCACCACAAGGCCCAGUAAAGCGGGAGCGUAAACCGAUAAGAAUACGAGAUCCAAACCAAGGUGGACGUGACAUUACUGAGGAAAUCAUGUCAGGGGGGCGCUCCUCCACUACACCAACCCCUCCACAGCCCCCCUUGGCAGAGAGUCCUGCUAAAACUAAUGGAGACGUGAUGCCACCGCAAAGAGAUGAAAGUGUUGAACGUUCUUCCUGCGCUGAUUCUUCACCGCCUCCUGCUUCCACUACUCCGGCGCCUUCAACACAAGUACCUGCAGUGCCACAAGUUCAGAAUGGAGAUUCCAGUUUAGAUGGAGAUCUCAAGCCCACUGUUGGUAUCAAGACAGAGUCCGUUCUCCCCAACGGCUUUCCACAAGGCACUGAAGAGAUGUCAGAGGAUGUGGAAUUAUCUGACGCUAAACCACUUGACCAGUCUGACACGUGUCAAUCUCAGGAACCUUCCUCAUUGGAAAAAACUGCAAUGCCCACCCUGGAACAAGAGGAGGGUGACAAAGAGGUGAAAAAUGAGAAAACAGUGGUUACUGCACCACCCCCAGCUGCCUCUUCCACAGAGGAGUCCACUAUGCAAGUUACAGCUGCUACAUCUGUGCCAAAGAAAAAAAAGAGCAUGAAAGAGCUUAACAAGAAGGAGGCCAUUGGGACUCUACUGGAUGCCUUCACAGAGCAGAAGGAUACUAAACCCCCUCCUGAGCAUGUGGCCAUUCAGGCUGUGCCUGCCUUGACCACAGCUGAUGUUCCAGCAGAGGUUGCAGAUGAGACCUGGGAAGAGAAGGAAGACAAACAAAAUGAAAUUAAAAACCAAGCUGAGGCUACAGACCAGAAAUAUCAAUAUAAAGAAGAACAGUGGAAACCAAUUAAUCCUGAAGCAAAGAAGCGGUACGAUAGGGAGUUUUUGUUGGGAUUUCAGUUCAGCAAUGCCAGUAUGAACAAACCAGAGGGUUUGCCAAUCAUCAGCGAUGUUGUUCUUGACAAGGUAAACAAGACUCCCCUGCGUCCUGUUGAUCCAGCUCGAUUAAUGAAUGCUGGUCCUGAUUUCACGCCCUCAUAUUUGGGCAACUUGGGAAGCAGAUCGAUGGGAGGACCACGUGGCCCACCUCCAGGCCCUCGCCGUUCUCAGCAAGGUCAACGAAAAGAACCUAGGAAAAUAAUUAGCAGUUUGAAUGAGGACAUUCAGCUGAACAAAGCAGAAAAAGCUUGGAAACCAUCUGUGAAAAAGUUAGUCACACGUGGACGAGAAGAACCGGAGGAGGAGGACCCUGAUUUGAACAAGACUCAGGAAGUGUUGAAGCGACUGCGUAGCAUCCUUAACAAACUCACCCCUCAGAAGUUUCAAGAGCUGAUGAAGCAGGUUACAGAGCUGCCAAUAGACACUGAGGAGAGACUAAAAGGAGCCAUUGAUCUCAUUUUUGAAAAGGCCAUCAUGGAACCUAACUUUUCUGUAGCUUAUGCCAACAUGUGUCGAUGUCUUAUGGGGUUAAAAGUACCUACUGGGGAAAAACCCGGAGCUACAGCUAACUUUCGGAAACUGCUGCUUAAUCGUUGUCAAAAGGAAUUUGAAAAGGAUCAAGACGAUGAUGAAAUAUUUGAGAAAAAACAAAAAGAGCUGGAUGCCUCAAAAGAAGGUGAAGAGCAUGACCGCUUGAAAGCGGAGCUAGAUGACGCGAGAGACAAGGCCCGACGGCGGUCACUUGGAAACAUCAAGUUCAUUGGCGAACUAUUCAAACUGAAGAUGUUGACAGAAGCCAUUAUGCAUGACUGUGUUGUAAAACUAUUGAAGAAUCAUGAUGAGGAGUCUCUCGAGUGUCUUUGCAGGCUGCUGUCUACAAUUGGCAAAGACCUGGACUUUGAAAAAGCCAAGCCCCGUAUGGACCAGUAUUUUAACCAAAUAGACAAAAUCAUAAACGAGAAAAAAACGUCAUCAAGAAUUCGUUUCAUGCUGCAAGAUGUCUUGGAUCUCAGAAGGAGCAACUGGGUGCCCAGAAGAGCGGACCAAGGACCUAAAACAAUUGACCAGAUUCACAAGGAGGCAGAGCAGGAAGAGCAUCAGCAGCAAAUGAGGGCCCAGCAGCAACUUCUGUCAAGGAAGGAUGGGGGCGGUGGCGGCGGCGGUGGCGGCGGCGGUGGCGGCGGCGGUGGCGGUGGUGGCGGCGGUGGCGGCAGAAUGAACAUGGGCGGCCGAGGCUCACACACUCCUGGGGGCAGGACCAGUCAGCCUCAGGACGAAGGAUGGAACACUGUCCCUAUCUCCAAAAACAGACCCAUUGACACCACUCGUCUCAGCAAAAUCACUAAGCCUGGUGCAUUGGACUUCAACAAUCAGUUGCUAGCUCCAGGUGGAAAAGGGAUGUGGAACAGCUGGGGAAAAGGCAGCAGUGGAGGAAGUGGAACCAAACCAUCCAGUGGAGAGCAGGAUUCGAAUCGUCCUGCUACGAGUACACUGAAUCGGUUCUCAGCUCUGCAGUCUGGUCCCGUGUCGUCCUCAGAGUCUGAACGCAGAGUUCCUCAGAGGUCAAGCUCCAGCCGUGAACGUGGCGGUAGUGAAAGGGACCGCUUUGACCGCUUUGACCGGCGGGAAGGUCUUGAUGGCGAUCGGAGCAAUCGCACUGAAAUCACAAAGAGAAGCUUCAGCCGAGAAUCCCAGGAGCGAAAUCGAGGAGGAGACGGCCGGAGUGCCCUGGACUCUGUGCGGCGUGUGGCCAGCAUGACCGAGAGCAGGGACAGGAGGGGCAGCAGGGACCGUGGCAGCAGGGACCGUGGCAGUCGUGACAGGACCACCAGGGACCAGGGCAGCAGGGACCGGGGCAGCCGCGACCAGGGCAGCCGUGACAGGACCAGUAGGGACCAGGGCAGCCGCGACCGGGGCAGUAGGGACCGUGCUUCAAGCAAAGACAUAUCUUCUGUUAAGCGUGACAGUGCCCUAAUGCCGCCUCCUUCGAAGCCUGCCAUGUCUGAAGAGGAGUUGGAGAAGAAAUCAAAUGCCAUAAUUGAAGAAUACCUCCACAUUAAUGACUUGAAGGAAGCACUGCAGUGUGUUGCAGAGCUGAACUGUGCCUCGCUGCUUUUUGUCUUUGUCCGGGUCGGUUUCGAAUCGACACUGGAGCGCAGCGUCAUGGCCAGGGAGCACAUGGGGCUGCUUCUGCAUCAGCUUGUCAAGGCUGGGACUUUGCCUCCACAGCAGUACUACAAAGGACUCCUUGAGGUAUUGGAAGUGGCAGAGGAUAUGGAAAUAGAUAUACCUCAUAUCUGGCUUUACCUUUCUAACCUCAUCAGCCCUAUGUUGCAUGAAGGUGGGCUCGGGAUGGGGCAGCUCUUCAGGGAGAUUUCAAAGCCUUUAGUGCCUCUUGGAAAAGCUGGUGUGCUACUGGUACAAAUCUUGAACACGCUCUGUAAAGGAAUGAGCCCCAAGAAAGUCGGGGCCAUGUGGAUCGAAGCUGGCCUGAAUUGGAAGGAAUUUAUUCCCAGUGAAGAUGACGUUAACAAAUUUGUCACAGAUCAGAAACUGGAAUAUACCUUGGGAGAAGAGGUGGCAUCUAAAGAAGGCAGUAAAAAAGUUUUCUCUGGAGAAGAGCUGAGCAAAGAACUGGAUAGACUCCUUCAGGACAAAGCUGACAACCAGCGAAUCCGCGACUGGAUUGAGGCAAAUUUGGAUGAACAACAACCUGGAUCCAAUCAGUUCGUUCGGGCAUUGAUGACAUCAGUGUGUCAGUCUGCCAUCAUCUGUGAUAACCCAUACAAAGUGGACACAGAUCAGAUUAAUCAGCGCGCCAGCUUGCUGCAGAGGUUUCUUUAUGAUGAACAGAAGGAGCUGCAGGCCCUUUAUGCCCUUCAAGCACUAAUGGUACACAUGGAACAGCCAGCGAACUUGCUGCGCAUGUUCUUCGAUGCCUUGUAUGAUGAGGAUGUGAUAAAAGAAGAGGCCUUUUACAAAUGGGAGUCUAGUAAAGACCCAGCAGAGCAGACGGGGAAAGGCGUUGCCCUGAAAUCUGUCACAGCCUUCUUCACUUGGCUCCGUGAGGCUGAGGAAGAGUCCGAUAAAGACUAA